AUGGCGCCCAAGUCGAAGCCGCCCGAGAAGAAGCAGCAGUCGCUCACCAGCUUCUUCCAACCAAAGACCGUCAAUGGCCUUGCCGCCGCCUUUCAAAAGUCCCAGUCCGAGUCCCGAACGAGCCCUUCCGAGUCGCCAGAGGCUUCCCGCAAGCGACCCCUAGUGGAAGAUGCGGACAAGGUCAACAAUGGCCCGGAAAAGAAACCCAAGAGGGCAAAGGGGGGCAAGGGGGAAACGGCAGAUGCUGCUGACGAGGAGGAGAGCUCUUUCCUCACGCCAGGAACUAAGCAGCCCGCGGCGGAGCCCAAGUCCAAGGCAUCUACGUCUGCCAGCAGGGCGGGACGUUUUGCAUACAGCCAGAGCUCAGACAUGAAUGCUGAGGAAGAGGAAGAGGAAGAUCCAUCCACGAAGAAGCGUAAAGAGGAAUUGCACAAAAAGUUCGUGAAGAAGCUGGGCCAUCCGGAUAGCAUGCUCUGGCGGCGGCGGAGAGAAGACGACAACGAAGUUGCUGAGGGAGAGGAGGGCGAGGAGGAGGAUGAAGACGAGGCUCCCCCGGCGCCCAAGGCGAAGAAGGGCGGUGCAAGAGCGAACAAGAAGCUCACGCCAAUGGAAAUUCAAUUCCUCGAAAUCAAACGCAAGCACCUCGACACGGUGCUCAUCGUCGAGGUCGGCUACAAGUUCCGGUUCUUUGGCGAGGACGCCCGGAUUGCCGCCAAGGAGCUCAGUAUCGUCUGUAUCCCGGGCAAGUACCGCUACGACGAGCACCCCUCGGAAGCGCACUGGGACCGUUUUGCCUCGGCGAGCAUCCCGGUACACCGGCUGCCCGUUCACGCCAAGCGUCUUGUUGCUGCCGGUCACAAGGUUGGUGUGGUCCGCCAGAUCGAGACUGCUGCCCUGAAGAAGGCCGGUGACAACCGCAAUGCCCCGUUCAUCCGCAAGUUGACCAACGUCUACACAAAAGGCACAUACAUUGACGAAAAUGGCGAGCUUGAAACCGGUGGCGAUGGAGGUGCCCCGUCAGGGGGCUAUCUGCUGUGUCUCACCGAAACCCCGACAAAGGGGCAGGGCACAGAUGAGAAGGUGGAGGUUGGCAUAGUAGCCGUGCAACCGACCACGGGAGACAUCAUCUACGACACCUUCGAGGAUGGCUUCAUGCGAAGCGAGAUUGAGACACGACUUCUUCACAUCUCCCCUUGUGAGUUCGUCAUCGUCGGUGACCUCACCAAGGGCUCAGACAAGCUCGUUCAACACCUCUCCGGGAGCAGCACAAACGUGUUUGGCGACCGCAGUCGUGUCGAGCGCGUCCCUCGCUCCAAGACCAUGGCUGCCGAGGCCUACUCGCAUGUCACACAAUUCUACGCGGACAAGCUGCAGCAAACUCCUGACGCCGCCGCCUCGUCUCUCCUAGAGCGCAUUCUCCACCUCCCCGAACCCGUCACUAUUUGCCUCUCCGCCAUGAUCAACCAUCUCAAGGAGUACGGCCUCGAACACGUCUUCGAUCUUACCAAGAACUUUACCAGCUUCUCGGCGCGCCAACAUAUGCUCCUCAACGGAACAACGCUCGAAUCCCUUGAGGUUUACCGCAAUGCUACCGAUCACUCCGAGCACGGUUCUCUCUUCUGGGCCUUGGACAAGACGACCACCCGCUUCGGUCAGCGCCUGCUCCGCAAAUGGGUUGGCCGGCCGCUUCUGGACGUCUCCCGCCUCGAAGAGCGCGUUGCUGCCGUUCAGGAACUCGUCGACGAGCAGUCCUCUGCCAAGGUCGACCGUUUGGAGACCCUCCUGUCCGGCACCAAGACCGACCUCGAGCGCAGUCUGAUCCGCAUCUACUACGGCAAGUGUACUCGCCCAGAGCUCCUCUCCGUCCUCCAAACACUCCAGCGUAUCGCGAUGCAAUACUCGACCGUCAAGUCGGCCGAUGCCACGGGCUUCACCUCUCCGCUCAUCUCCUCGGCUAUCCUCUCCCUACCCCAAAUCCUCGAUCUUGUCGUCUCGCACCUCGACAAGAUCAACCCCGAGGCCGCCCGGAAGGACGACAAGUACAACUUCUUCCGUGAGUCCGAGCAGACCGAGGACAUUGAAGAUCAUAAAAUGGGCAUCGUCGCCGUCGAACAAUCCCUCGACGAGCAUCGUUCCGAGGCCGCCUCCUCCCUCUCACGCAAAAAGACCGUUGACUACGUCACCGUGUCAGGCAUCGAGUACCUCAUCGAGGUCAACAACACGGACCUCAAAUCCGUUCCCGCCUCCUGGAUCAAGAUCUCGGGCACCAAGAAGCUCUCCCGCUUCCAUACACCCACCGUCGUCCGCCUCAUCGCCGAACGAGACCAGCAUCGCGAGGCCCUCGCCGCCGCCUGUGAUGCCGCCUUUACCUCCCUCCUCGGCGCCAUUGCGGAUGCAUACCAACCUCUCCGCGACGCAGUCUCCUCCCUCGCGACCCUCGACUGCCUCCUCUCCCUCUCUCGCGUCGCCGCUCUCCCCGGCUACACUAAACCGACUUUCCUCCCUACCCCGACCCAGCCCACAAUCUCAAUCACCCAAGGCCGCCACCCCAUCGCCGAACAGACCCUCUCGGACCCCUACAUUCCCUUCACAACGAGCCUCUCCUCCCCGUCCCCGCUGGCACACCUCAUCACGGGCCCCAACAUGGGCGGCAAAUCCUCCUUUGUCCGCGCCGUGGCCCUCCUCGUCCUCCUCGCCCAGAUAGGCUCCUUCGUCCCCGCCGACGAGUUCUCUCUGACCCUCGCCGACGCGAUCCACGUCCGCAUGGGCGCCCGCGACAAUCUCGCCGCGGGCGAGUCGACCUUCAUGGUCGAGGUCUCGGAGACGGCCCGCAUCCUCCGCGCCGCCACCCCGCGCUCCCUCGUCAUCCUCGACGAGCUCGGCAGGGGCACCUCGACCCACGACGGCGCCGCCAUCGCCCACGCCGUCCUCGACCACGUCGUCCGCGAGAACAGGUGCCUCACCCUCUUCAUCACGCACUACCAGAACCUCGCCCGCCUGGCCGACGGCAUUGGCGACGGUCUCGUCAAGAACGUCCACAUGCGCUUCACGGCUACACGUAAGGCUGGGACGGAGGGAGGCGACGGAGACGAAGAUGGUGAGGACGCGGGCGCCGACGAGGAAAUUACCUUCCUGUAUGAGGUUGGUGAGGGUGUUGCGCACAGGUCGUAUGGACUGAAUGUUGCGCGUCUGGCUCGGAUACCCCGCAAGGUUAUCGAAGUGGCCGCGCAGAAGUCGCGCGAGAUGGAGCAGGACGUAAGAGUGCGAAGACUGAGGGGUACGGCUGGUCUCCUUGCCGAGGUGAUCGAGAAUAAACCAGAUCAACUUGACCACCUGAUCUCGAACAUAGAGCAACUGUAG